AUGCAUGUCAUCGUCGUUGGAGCCGGCCCUUGUGGCUUUUCCUUGAGCUUGGUCCUGGCCCGGGCUGGUAUACGCGUGACACUGCUUGACAAAGCAGACGGGGUAGGUUCUCAGCCACGGGCUGCACACAUCUUUGCUCCUGGCAUACAAUUACUUAGGCGUGCUGGGGCCUUGGGAGACGUUCGGCGUGCCGGUUUUGUGCCUAAUAAUGCGACGUUUCGCAAGGCCGAUGGCACACCGAUCGUGACAAUUGAGGAUUUUGCACCGUCAAAGAGUCCAGAUGCUACGACUGUACUGCCCAUAGACACCCUGGGAAAGAUACUAUCAUCUCAUGCGCAGAAAAAUGACAACAUUUCCUUGAUAUGGGGUUGUCAGGUUCUGGACGUCGGGCAAGACAAAGACUCUGCAUGGGUAUCAGUCCGCGAAAAUGGCGGGACUGAGAAGGUUAUGAAAGCAGACUUUGUGUGUGGCUGUGAUGGAGCCACUAGUCAAGUACGCAAGUCGUUGUUUGGCGGGGACUUUCGCGGAAAGACCUGGGACGACCAGAUGGUCGCAACGAACAUCUACUAUCCAUGCGACAAAUGGGGUUACGAUGAUCUCAACUUCUUCAUUGAUCCCAAGGACUGGCAUAUUGUUGCUCGCUUGACGAAGGAUGGACUUUGGCGUGUCUCAUACCGAGAAGACGGUAGCAAAACCCUGCGUCAAAUUCUUGAUGAUCACCCAGCCCGUUUCGAGCGAUUACUUCCCGGCCACCCCAAGCCUGAGGAUUACACUGUUCUCAACAUAAGUCCAUAUCGACUGCAUCAACGAUCCGCAGAGAAAUAUCGAGUGGGCCGUAUAUGUCUAGCAGCCGAUGCUGCGCAUCUCUGCAAUCCGUGGGGCGGCUUAGGUCUGACAGGAGGUUUUGCAGAUGCGAUAGGACUAUCCGAGUGUCUCAUAGGUAUUCAUAUGGAUCGGGCGGAUCAGAGAAUUUUGGAAAAGUACGACGAGGUGCGUAGAUCUAUUUACAGAAAUUUCACAGAUCCAGUCUCAACGACCAACUUCAUGCGAGUCUCAACUUCGGAUCCGGACACGAUUCUGGAAAAGGAUCCUGUUCUUGCCACCGUUGCUCGUAUGGAGGGUGAUUCCAAAACCAGGGACGAUUUUGACAGGCACAUUUACGGAAUUCUUCAUGACUUUACUCAAUAUUACACUGUUGGUAUGGGAAAAGCAUCACUUUGA